AACACUCAAAACCGACCAGUCUCAUUCAGCAUUUUGAAGCGGGAAGCAGUGUAGAAAAGUACGGACAAAUGUCGCUUUUAAAGGUUUGCGUAUUUCUAGCAGCGAUCUCGCUUGCCGUCGCCGAAUCUGUGGACUUCAAGUCGUGCGGCGAUAUCGAUGCCUGCACCAUACACGAGGUACGCGUCGAUCCUUGCCCUCAGGCUGGUGAGCAUUUGGCAUGCCAUAUACGUCGCCGCCGUCCGGCCACUAUGUCCUUCGACUUUACGACCAAUUUCGCUGCGGAGACGUUGGAAGCCGGUCUGGUCUGGCAAAAGAGCGCCACACAGGAACUGCCGCUCAUCACCAUGGACAAGGAGGCAUGCAAAUACACGCCCUGCCCCACGGUUGCCAAUCAACGCCAGACAUACACCAUGAAUGUGCCGAUCGAGAGUAAAUUCCCCAUUAAUCCAUACACCAUCAAGUGGACAUUGAAGGCACCUACCGGACAAGUUUGCUGCUUCACCAUCGACAUCAAAGUGGUGCGUUAAGUGGCUUGACGAAGGAAAAGAGACAUUGAUAUGAUUUCAAAUGUGGAAAGGAUAUUAUUUUAUAGAGUAUGUAUGUAUGUAUCUAAACGAUUCAAAUAAAUCUGACUAAUUUUCAUUGCAAAAACUAAA